AUGGCAAAGGAGGAGCAAUCGUCUCUGAUUAUGUUACUGCCCCUUGACGUCAUCGUUGACAUAUUAGCCCGUGUAUCGAGAUUCGACUAUCCAAUACUUUCCCUAGUUUGCAAGCACUUCCAGUCAAUAGUAACAUCGCCUGAGAUAUUCACAAGACGAUCCUUGUUGGGACGCACGGAGCACUGUCUAUAUGUUUUCCUCGUUGAUGAAGACGAACCUGUUUGGAGGAAGCGUUUAUAUAUUCUCUGCCCGAAAGCUAACGGGGAACACCGCUUGGUACUUAUCCGGUCGCUUCCUGAUAUGCCUACAUAUAUAAGCCAAACAGCAACGGGAUCGAGGAUAUAUGUGUUUAGCUGGAGUAACAAACACCAUAUGAUUACAUUAAGCAUUGAUUGUGGAUCUCACACUGUUCAACCCCUCCCUGAUGUGCCUGUACUCAUGUCUCCAAGAAUGGCUGACAUCAUCAAGGGGAGAAUCUACGUAAUUGGAUAUGAUAAUGGCUGGGAGAGGGUGAUGGUGGUGUUCAAUACAGAAACACAAAUGUGGGAGCCUAGGGUGAUAAGACUAGACAAGAAGGGAAAUAAGUGCACUGAUGGUUGUGCGGUGAUGGGUGAUAAGAUGUAUAUGAGGAAUCUUUCUAAGACUCUUGUUUACGAUCCGAAGGAGAGUAAAUGGGAAAGGGACGAGAUGAUGAAUCUUCACAAGUGGAAAAACGCAUGUGUGGUUGAUGACGUAUUGUACUUUUACAAUCCAUGUGACUUUUAUGAUAGGGAAGGAGGGUUAAGAGCAUAUGAUCAAAAACAGAGGCGUUGGCGAGUGGUGAAUGGUUUGGAACCAUUGUUGCCUGAGACAACAAGUUCAGCGUGGCCACACGUUGUGAAUUAUGGUGGGAAACUGGCUUUGUUUUAUCUCAAAAGAAAUGAAAUUUGGUGUGACGAGAUUUCGCUGGAAACACGCCAAGACGGGGAGAUUUGGGGUAAAGUGGAAUGGUGCGAGCGUCUCGUGACUGGGAAUUUUGACUUUAUGAAAGCUCUAGAUGUUGUUGUUUGA